AUGUCAGGGCUGUUGAAGCAGCUGCGGUCUGUGAGCAGUGGGGAGGAGCUGGGAGUGAAUGCCCACCUGGCCUGUGGCCAUGGCUGUGCUCUGCUCCCGCUGGGAGCCAAGGCACUGGAAGUGCAGGAAUGGCAGGAUUUCAAGGAGUUUGGCCAGGCGGGACAUAAACUGGGCCAGGGACCAGUGCCAGGAGGAAAUCAAGGGGCUCACGGACAUGUGCCUCCCGUCUGCGCCCAACGAGCCCCUGCUCACCAGCAUGCUGCUGAGCAGACAGGGGAGCAGUCAGGGGAGAAGUCAGGGGAGCAGUCAGGGGAGCAGUCAGGGGAGCAGACAGGGGAGCAGACAGGGGAGCAGUCAGGGGAGCAGACAGGGGAGCAGUCAGGGGAGCAGUCAGGGGAGCAGACAGGGGAGCAGACAGGGGAGCAGUCAGGUGAGCAGUCAGGUGAGCAGACAGGUGAGCAGACAGGUGAGCAGACAGGGGAGCAGUCAGGGGAGCAGACAGGUGAGCAGACAGGUGAGCAGACAGGUGAGCAGACAGGGGAGCAGACAGGUGAGCAGACAGGGGAGCAGACAGGGGAGCAGACAGGGGAGCAGUCAGGUGAGCAGUCAGGUGAGCAGACAGGGGAGCAGACAGGGGAGCAGACAGGUGAGCAGACAGGGGAGCAGACAGGGGAGCAGACAGGGGAGCAGUCAGGUGAGCAGACAGGGGAGCAGACAGGGGAGCAGACAGGGGAGCAGACAGGUGAGCAGACAGGGGACCAGACAGGUGAGCAGACAGGGGAGCAGACAGGGGAGCAGUCAGGGGAGCAGUCAGGUGAGCAGACAGGGGAGCAGACAGGGGAGCAGACAGGUGAGCAGUCAGGUGAGCAGACAGGGGAGCAGUCAGGUGAGCAGACAGGGGAGCAGACAGGGGAGCAGACAGGGGAGCAGACAGGUGAGCAGUCAGGGGAGCAGACAGGUGAGCAGACAGGGGAGCAGACAGGGGAGCAGUCAGGUGAGCAGACAGGUGAGCAGACAGGGGACCAGACAGGGGAGCAGACAGGGGAGCAGUCAGGUGAGCAGACAGGGGACCAGACAGGGGAGCAGUCAGGGGAGCAGACAGGGGAGCAGACAGGGGAGCAGUCAGGUGAGCAGUCAGGUGAGCAGACAGGGGACCAGACAGGGGAGCAGUCAGGGGAGCAGACAGGGGAGCAGACAGGGGAGCAGUCAGGUGAGCAGACAGGUGAGCAGACAGGUGAGCAGACAGGGGACCAGACAGGGGAGCAGUCAGGUGAGCAGACAGGGGAGCAGACAGGGGAGCAGACAGGGGAGCAGUCAGGUGAGCAGACAGGGGAGCAGACAGGGGAGCAGACAGGGGAGCAGUCAGGUGAGCAGACAGGUGAGCAGACAGGGGAGCAGACAGGGGAGCAGUCAGGUGAGCAGACAGGGGAGCAGUCAGGGGAGCAGACAGGGGAGCAGACAUGUGAGCAGACAGGGGAGCAGACAGGGGAGCAGACAGGUGAGCAGACAGGUGAGCAGACAGGGGAGCAGACAGGGGAGCAGACAGGGGAGCAGACAGGUGAGCAGACAGGGGACCAGACAGGGGAGCAGUCAGGUGAGCAGACAGGUGAGCAGACAGGGGAGCAGACAGGGGAGCAGUCAGGUGAGCAGUCAGGUGAGCAGACAGGGGAGCAGACAGGUGAGCAGACAGGGGAGCAGUCAGGUGAGCAGACAGGGGAGCAGACAGGUGAGCAGACAGGGGAGCAGUCAGGUGAGCAGACAGGGGAGCAGACAGGGGAGCAGACAGGGGAGCAGUCAGGGGAGCAGACAGGGGAGCAGACAGGGGAGCAGUCAGGUGAGCAGACAUGUGAGCAGACAGGGGAGCAGACAGGGGAGCAGACAGGUGAGCAGACAGGUGAGCAGACAGGGGAGCAGACAGGGGACCAGACAGGUGAGCAGUCAGGGGAGCAGACAGGUGAGCAGACAGGGGAGCAGUCAGGUGAGCAGACAGGGGAGCAGUCAGGUAAGCAAGCUGCCAGGGGGCUUCAUGCCACGGGGGCUGCACACAGCAUGGCCUUCAGCAGGCUGCUGCAGGCAGAGUGGCAGCCAGGACUGGCUGACAUCUCUAGAGGCCUCCGCUUUCCACGCGACACCAGCGACUCACCAGCACCUUGGAGCUGA